AUGGACAACAAGAGCAUCUGCUCCAAGUUCAACAACAGGUUCAUAGUGAACGACAAUCCGGGAGGCGAUGAUUCACAGAUAAUUUUGAGCUCGGAGAAGGUCAACGUUUUGGACCUCUUCCAGGGAGACUACGUGCGGCUUAAGGGGCGCUUUGGGAAAACCACCCACGCUAUGGUCCAGUCGAGGGAGGAUGUUGACAAGAUAGUGGUUCUGAUGAACAAAACCAUGCGUGCCAAUCUGGGGGUCAAUCUCGGCGAUAUCGUCAUCCUGUACCCUGCCCAAAACCUUCCUUAUCACAAGCGCAUCAAGGUGAUACCCUUCGAGCAGGAUCUCGAGGGGCUCAAUAUUGCAGGAUAUACUGUGAAGCAGGGCGAGGACGGCAAGCCUGCCCCGGCGCCCUUCCCCGGUCCCACGUACGACCUGUUUGACAUUUGCAUUGCGCCAUACUUCAAGGACAAGUGCCGCCCCGUUACUGAGGGUAAUACGUUUAAAGUCAUGACGACUAGCUUGCCCGUAAACCGCGAGAUAGAGUUUAAGGUGGUUCUUACAGACCCCUCUCCAGCGUGCAUCGUCAUGGAUGGGGGCGAGAUCUUCUAUGAGGGCGAGCCCAUAGAUAGAGAUGAGCACGAGCGCGAGAAUACAAAGGUAGGCUACUCAGACCUUGGAGGCCUCGGGAAGGAGCUGGGAAUGAUCAGGGAACAAAUUGAGCUUCCUCUACGCCACCCAGAGCUCUUCAAGUACCUCGGUGUCAAGCCUCCUCGGGGAAUUCUUCUCACGGGUCCCCCAGGCUGCGGUAAGACCACUAUCGGAAAGGCCAUCGCAAACGAGGCUGGGGCGUACUUCUUUUUACUAAACGGUGCUGAGAUCAUGUCAUCCAUGGCUGGCGAGUCCGAGAAGAACCUGCGCAAGGCGUUCGACAUUUGCGAGCAGGAAGCCGAGAAGUCUGCAAAGGAAAAUGAUGGUGUGGGGUGCGCUAUUCUGUUCAUUGACGAAAUUGACUGUAUUGCCGGAAACCGUGCCGAGAGCAAGGGCGAGGUUGAGAAGCGUGUCGUUUCCCAGUUGUUGACCCUCAUGGAUGGGAUCAAGCCCCGCUCCAACGUCAUCGUCCUCGCUGCCACGAACAGACCUAAUGUCAUUGACCCCGCUCUGCGCAGGUUUGGAAGGUUUGACAGAGAGAUACAGAUAAAUGUUCCCGACGAGAACGGGCGUCUGGAGAUCCUCUCCAUCCACACCCGCAAGCUAAAGCUCCAUCCGGACGGCGUGGAUAUUGUCCGCAUUGCGAAUGAGACAAACGGGUACGUCGGUGCUGACUUGGCCCAGAUAUGCACGGAAGCUGCGAUGAUGUGCGUCCGUGAAUCUAUGGAGAUGGUGCUAGAUAUGGAGAGUGAGGAGAAGCUGACCGAUGAGCAGCUCAAUAAGAUCUUCAUCACUGAUAGCCACUUUACGGCUGCAAUUUCGAAGGUCACACCGAGUACGCUUCGCGAGACCGUUAUUGAGAUGCCCACAGUCACCUGGGAUGACAUUGGCGGUCUUGAGCACACAAAGAGAGAGCUCAUCGAGCUUAUUCAAUAUCCCAUCCGCUAUAAGGAGAAGUAUCAACAGAUGGGCAUCGAGCCUUCCCGUGGUGCUCUUCUGUGGGGUCCUCCUGGUACAGGAAAGUCCCUUCUUGCAAAAGCAAUUGCCAAUGAGUGUGGCUGCAAUUAUAUAAGCAUUAAGGGUCCGGAGCUCUUGUCGAAGUGGGUCGGCGAGUCAGAGCAGAACAUUAGGAAUAUCUUCGACAAGGCCAGGCAGGCUGCCCCGUGCGUCCUCUUCUUCGAUGAGAUUGAGUCCAUUACCCAACAUCGUGGAACGUCUGCUAGCGGAGGCGGAGAGGUCACUGAUCGGAUGCUCAACCAAAUCCUCACGGAGCUCGACGGUGUUGGUGUGCGUAAGGACGUCUUUAUAAUCGGAGCCACAAAUAGGCCAGAUACGAUUGACUCCGCUCUUAUGCGUCCCGGCCGUCUUGACACGCUUAUCUACAUCCCGCUACCAGAUUAUCCGUCGAGAGUUGCCGUCCUCAAGGCACACCUCCGAAAGUCAAAGGUUAACGAAAAGGAGGUUUCUCUUGAGCAGAUAGCGCAGGUCACGGACGGAUACUCCGGUGCAGAUCUGGCAGAGAUAUGCAGCCGCGCCUGCAAGUAUUCCAUCCGUGAGAAUGUCGAGGGCUUUUCAAGGGCCAUGUCGGCCUUUGAAUCUAUGAAGAAGUCGUGGCUCGAUAGCCACGGCGGCGUUCUGACACCGGAAAAGGAGAAGGAGUUUGCUGAGCACGAAGAGAAGAUCUCUGAGCGCUUCUCUGACACGAGCAUUUCUGGACGCCACUUCGAACAAGCGAUCAGAGAGAGCAGGAAGAGCAUCUCUGAGGAGGAGAUGAGACGCUUCGAGGUCUUUAAGCAGAGCUACAGUGGGGGAAUUGGCGACGGCCUCGGGUCGAUGGGCAACGCAGGCCGCAGAAACGCAAACCCCGCCAUCGCGAACUUCUCGUUCAAGGUAGAUGGUCAGACAGGAGCUCGCCAACAACCCCAGGGCGCUGUCCGAUCAAAGGCUGGGGCAGGAAACGAGGCAGAUAUGUUUUAA